ACCUGCACACACACACAUAACACACAUACACUCACAUACACCCACACAGUCGCCACACGCAUCCGCCUCCCGCACCGUCCCCUUCCAUCUGCACGCGCACAUCCCUAAAGUAGUCUGACCGGAUGAGUUACCCGGUGGACACGAUAGGGAGCCCCUUUAGGAGAGUCAUGGAUACGAGGACGACAAGCUAUGGCUACAGCCGCUCCAGCGGCACCCCGUCCAGCGGCUUCCGCUCUCAGUCCUGGUCCAGGGCAAGCCCCGGCUCCACGAUGACUACAUCUUACAAGAGGAGCGUGAAUAUGCCUGUGUCCCGAGCCUACAGCUCUACGGUACUCAGCUCCGCCGACAGCGUUGAUUUUAGUCAAACAUCCAUCCUGAACGGAGACUAUAAGCGCUCCAACGAGAAAGAGCAACUUCAAGGGCUGAACGACCGUUUUGCCGUUUACAUUGACAAGGUGCACUACCUAGAGCAGCAGAACAAGCAGAUCGAGACGGAGAUACAGGCACUGCGGCAGAAGCAGGUGUCGCGGUCCCAGCUGGGCGACCUCUAUGACCAGGAGCUGCAGGAGCUUCGCUCCAUGUUGGAGCAAAUCCACCAUGACAAGGCGCAGAUUCAGCUCGAUACUGACCACAUCGAGGAGGACAUCCAGCGGCUUAGGGACCGCUUUGAAGAAGAAGCCCGCAUCCGGGAAGAGACGGAGGCCAUAAUCCGUGUCCUGAAGAAGGACAUGAGCGACUCGGAGUUGGUUAAGUCUGAGUUGGAGAAGAAAGUUCAGUCCCUACAAGAUGAGAUCGCUUUCAUCCGCAAUAACCAUGAGGAGGAGGUGAGCGACCUCAUUGCCCAAGUUCAGGCGUCUCAGGUGACGAUGGAGAGGAAAGACUUCCAGAAGACAGAUAUCACCGAGGCUCUCCGGGAGAUCCGCUCAGAGCUGGAGGGCCACUCCAACCAGAACCUGCAGCAGGUGGAGAACUGGUUCAUGUGCCGCUAUGCCAAGCUCACUGAGGCCGCGGAGCAGAACAAGGACGCCAUAAAGUCCGCCCGUGAUGAAAUAGCCGACUACCGUCGCCAGCUGCAGUCCAAGACGGUGGAGUUGGAGUCUGUCCGCGGGACAAGGGACUCCCUGGAGAGGCAGCUGAAUGACAUUGAGGACCGCCACAGCAGCGACCUGGCCAGUCUCCAGGAGACCAUUCACCAGCUGGAUAAUGAGCUCAAGAGCACCAAGUGGGAGAUGGCACGUCAUCUGCGUGAAUACCAGGACCUGCUCAAUGUCAAGAUGGCCUUGGACAUUGAAAUUGCUGCAUACAGGAAACUCCUAGAGGGAGAAGAGACCCACUUCAGCACUUUCCCUUACCGCCAGGCAAUGACAACCACCAAGAUCACUAAAUCUAAGUCAGACACCCCAAAGCUCAAGGUGCAGCACAAGUUUGUGGAGGAGAUCAUUGAGGAGACGAGGGUGGAGGAUGACAAGGGUGACAUGGAUGAGGCCCUGGCAGAGAUAGCACAAGAGCUGUCUGCCAAACUUGGAGAUCAAGGGGAUGAGGGAGAAGACGAGGGAGAGGGAGAGGAGGAGGAGGGAGAAGAGGGCGGAGAGGGAGAUGAAGCAGAGGGUGAGGGUGAGGGCGAAGAAGGAGAGGCCGAGGAGGAGGUUGUAUCUGCCACAGAAGCCAAAGUUAGCGCCAGUGCACCUGCUGAGGAGGAAGAGGAAGAGGAAGACAAAGGGGGUGAGGAGGACGAAGAGGGGGAAGGAGAAGGUGGCGAAGAAGAGGGAAAAGAAGGAGAGGGUGAGGGAGAGGGUGAGGAUGAGGGAGAAAAGGGAGACGAUGCAGAGGGAGGAGAUGAGGGUGAAGGAGAAGAGGGAGGAGAGGAAGCGGAGGAGGAAGUUGAGGAAACAGUAUUAUGCUCCAAAGCUCCAGAGGCUAAGGCCUCUCCUGAGAAAGAAAAGGCAGAAGAGAAAGAGGGCAGUGGAGGAGAAGAGGAGGCAGCAGAGCAAGAGGGUGAUGAAGAGGAGGGUGGUGAUCAGGCCGAAGACGCAGGUAGUGACAAAGGAUCCAAAAGUGGUGAUGAGAAAGAGGAUGAGGUGAAAGAGGAGGCAGACAAAGGCAAAAAGGUAGAGAGCGAAAAAGAGGAGAAGGGAAAAGAUGAGAAAGCAGAGGAUAAAUCUGACAAAGAUAAAGCAGCGGCUGCCAAGACAGAGGCUCCAAAAACAGAGGCCCCCAAAGGUGAAGCUGCAAAGCCUGAGGCCAAGAAGGAAGAGCCUGCUAAAACCGAGGCCUCAAAACCCGACUCCCCAAAAUCUGAAUCCCCAAAGCCUGCAUCCCCUAAGUCUGAAUCCCCAAAGCCUGCAUCCCCUAAGUCUGAGUCCCCUAAACCAGAGUCUCCUAAAUCUGAAUCUCCCAAGCCUACAUCUCCUAAGUCUGAGUCCCCCAAGCCAGGCUCACCUAAGUCUGAAUCUCCAAAACCCAGCUCACCAAAAGCUGAGUCUCCUAAGUCAGAGUCCCCAAAACCAGGAUCUCCCAAAGCUGAGUCCCCAAAGACCGAGACAGCCAAACCCGAGGCUCCAAAGACAGAGGCUCCUAAGGCCGCUGAAGAGAAAUCAGAGAAAAAGAGCGAUUCAGCGGAAGACAAAAAGGUGGAGAAGAAAGAUGUCGCCAUGAACGGGGAUGUCGACAAGAGUCCUACAGAGGAGAAAGGAAAGAAGGACGAGGGGGCAAAAGAAACCGAUGUGAUCACCAACGGCGUGGACGAGAGCCCCGUCAAGGAAGACGCCGGCCAGAAAGUGGUGAUCACCAAGACAGUGGAGACCAUCACCACCGGAGAGGACGGAGCCAAGCACGUCACCAAAUCUGUCACCGUGACCGAGACCGUGAAGGAGGUGGAUGAGGUGCUGCAGGAGAAGCUGGUCUCCACCAAGAAGACAGAGAAGCACUCCACUCAGUCCAUCAAGCAGGUGACAGAGUCCGACUGAGCAGGCGCCAGUCAGCGGAUCCCGCAGAGACGGAGGAGAAGGGAGGGGGGCAGUGGGAGCCCAGAGAGGAGGACACGACGACAAGCAAUCAACCCAGAACUAACAUAACAAAGAAAUCAUACAGCUAGAGCGAUGUAAUAAAGAUAACCACUCUCAAACAUACAAAAACAAAGCAUAGAGAGAAGCCAAAACAAUGCGAACUAAAACGCUACAAAAAUUAAAAACAUGCAUGUUGAGUGAAAGCUUUAAAUGGGCUUCGCUGCAGAUGCGGUCAGGAGCGAGUGAGACAUUCUAUUCUCUUUUCUUUCUUUCCUGCAGUUCACGGGAGCUCAUGGGAUUCAGGGCGGGGUGUCUGCAUGCUAGCUCAGGGGGAGGGGAGUACCUUCCUCUCUUAUCUGUAUGUAUGUAUGGAAGGAAAACACUGUGUGCACUGAGUAAAUGUGUAAUAGGAAUAUUUAACUUGGGCGGGUGGGAGACUGAGAGAACUA